AUGAUGUGGCUAGCAAGCGGUUAGCUCCCUGUCAUGCUAGUUGUUUCGGACGGAGACGACAUCUUGUUGCUAAUAUUUUGCGGAAGAACAGUUAUUUAUACAAGCUACGGAGGAAGAUAUACGUUAACGACGAUAAAGACGUGGUCGUCCCGUAUUGAUUUAUUUCAAGUGAAGAUUAGAUAGCUAGCUUUUUUUGUCAAGGAACUGUUUGGUUUUUCGACGCCGCGGCAUACGCACAGUCGUACGUUAGCCAUCUAGCUAACGUUAGCCUAGCUAGCUAUAUUAGGGUCGACGCUUAACGUUAGCUAACAUUGGAUUUGCCUGGCCAGCUAGCUAGCUAGCUCCCCUGUUAUACCGCGUCAGUUGCCCAGUUGGGCAAACUCGGUGAAGAUUCGCAUUGCAACAUUGAUUGCGACUCUCUCGAAGCGAGGAUGGCGCUGAAAAGGAUCCAUAAGGAGCUGAAUGACCUGGCUCGUGACCCUCCGGCACAGUGCUCAGCAGGACCAGUGGGAGAUGACAUGUUUCACUGGCAAGCCACAAUCAUGGGACCUAAUGACAGUCCAUAUCAGGGGGGUGUUUUCUUCUUGACCAUUCAUUUCCCUACAGACUAUCCUUUCAAACCCCCAAAGUUAGCGUUUACCACAAGAAUUUACCACCCCAAUAUUAACAGUAACGGCAGUAUCUGUCUGGAUAUUCUCAGAUCACAGUGGUCUCCGGCGUUAACUAUUUCUAAAGUUCUUCUCUCCAUCUGCUCCCUGUUAUGUGACCCCAACCCAGACGACCCUCUAGUGCCAGAGAUCGCACGCAUCUAUAAAACAGAUAGUGACAAAUACAGCAGAAUAGCAAGAGAAUGGACGCAGAAAUACGCCAUGUGAUGACACGGAUCAUCUGAAGGAGAACGUCGUCGUAGCUGGAGUCAAACUUCAAUUGCUGGUUUAAAUUUUUUUUCUUCUCGUUUUUGUUAUUGAAUUAGACCCAUUUUGCUCCCAUUUUCACUCUUUCAUUCAUGUGCUAUUAAAAAGAUAGUGUUUCCUGCUCGGACAGUCGGCGUGUACCAUUUUCAUUUUAAGUGGGGGAAAAAAACCAAAAAAAAAAGUAAUGUAAAGUCUUUCAUGGGUUCUGAACUCUCCGUGUUGAGCAUGCAACAACAGUAUACAGCCGUGCCGGCUGGCCUGCCUGCGCUGGCCUCCUUGGUUAUCAGACUAAACCACAAGACGUUAAAGGCACCUGACUGGACCGGACAGACCGACAGACAUGUCUCUUCAGGAUCCACCCACUGGUGUGUGUGAUGUUGGCUGUCUGAAAUGGCACCCGAUUCCCUAUAUAUAGUGCACUACUUUUGACCAGAACCCUACUACGGGAAUAUCCCUAUGGAUCCUGGUCAAAAGUAGUGCACUAUAUAGGGAAUAGGGUGCCAUUUCGUUUGGCAGCAGUGUAAUGCUUUUAAUAUUGUUAUCGACCCCCCAUGGCCUGAGAGAAUAUUUACCACGUCAUAACCAGAUGUGUGAACAGACAGAAAAAUGCUGCGGUAUGAGUCAACAACAUCCACAGUCAGGAAAAAAUAAGAAAUGUAAUGUAUUUUAUGCAUGUUAAUGGAGAUAUAAGUAAUAGGGGGGUGUUAUCCAUAUGAAGUGGAUACAUUGCAGGGCAAAUGGGGUAAAAAAAAAUAUUAAAUUAAAGCUUUUAUCUUUUUGAUGGUUUUAGAAGUUGAGAGCUUAUAGUUAAGUCACCUACCUAAAACACUGUCUUCUUGUAGCCCUGAGACGUUAUGCAGAGCUAACGGUUGAACUUAUCAACUGGUGCCUCUGUUGCCUUUUUUUAGUUUUCCCAUCAAUAAAAGUUAAAUCAUAAACAC